AUGAUUAAUCAAUUUUUAAGAAAUAUCAAAUUACUUUAGAAUGUAAAGUAAUUGGUUUUAGGUAAUCCUACAGCUGACAUGGAUUCGUGUGUUGGAUCUAUUCUUUUAGCCUAUCAUCUAACUUAAUUAUAAAUCCCAACAGCACCAAUCAUUAAUUAUAAUAGAGAAUCAUUUAAAUCUCAUUUCGAGACAGCUGAAUUAUUUGAUGUUAAUGAUUUGAUAUUUAUUAAUGAAGUGGAUUUAUAUUAAUAUGAUUUGAUUCUUUAUGAUCACAAUGAUAUCAAAUAUACAAAUAAUUAAAUUGGAUGUAUUGAUCAUCAUGAAGAUAAAGGAUAAUAAUUUAGUCAAUUUAAAAAAAUAGAAAAAGUAGGUUCUGCAGUAACUUUGGUAGCAGAAUAUAUGUAAUUAGAAAAGAAUUAUAAAUGUAAAUAAGAAAUUGGAGAAAUAGCAUAAUUUAUAAUGAAAACCAUAUUGAUAGAUACAUUUAAUUUCCAAUAAAACCAAUAUUAAAUUAGAUGGGUAUUAAAAGACAAAGAAAUUUUUGAUUUAUGUCAUUCUUUCUAUCCUUAAUUUGAUGCUAAACAAGAAUAUUAACAUCUUACAGAUUUGAAAUAUGAUGUUAAAUUGAAUUUGUAAUUAUCACUUAAAUAGUAAUUGCUUAAAGAUUACAAAAAAUUUUAUACUAUUGGAUAUAGUGUGAUAUUUAUCAAAUUAUAAGAUUUAAUGUAAAAAUAUCCAGAAGAUUAAUUAAUCAAUGAAUUCAAUUAAUUUAUGAUCAAAGAAGAAUGCAAAUCUUUGAUUAUCUUUUUUGUCCAUCAACAAAAUGACUAAAUAUAGAGAAGUAUGAUUAUAUAUGGAGAAUAUCAAUAAAAAAUACUUUAGUAAUUGACUUAAUUAAAAUUUGAAUUGUAACAUAGUCCAAUUUCUAAUUCAUUAUUACUCAAAGAUAUAGAUAAUAUUUAUAGUAGGAAAAUAAUUGAACCAUUAAUAUCAUAAUUGUUUCAUAAUUGA